UGCUGGCAGGUGUAUCCUUCUUCUCCGCGAUCGGAAGCUUCGAUAAACAGUGCUUUAAUUAAUUUGUUAUCUCUUCCUAUCUAUUUUGGCGAAUAAGGCAGGAGAAAAUAAGCCACAUAACCGGCAUACGAACCAAGGGCAAGCGAACCAAGUGCAAGCGAUUCCUGGCAUACGGUCGAAUUGGAACAAAGCGUCGAGGGAAAGCCAACAUAUUUGAGUGGUUUCUCUGUUGGAGCGUGUUCGAAAGUAAAAUCGUCUGCUCCAGGCAAAUAUUCUGGGUGAACGCUCUAGGCAUCACAUCUUUGAAACCCGGGUAUCAUUGGUCGGAGGCAAACAUUAUCUGUCACCCAAGAAACAUCCGUCGAGCUUCGAUAAACCGGACCCAGCACAUCCAAAUUGGGCACAAGCAUUUUCACCCCUAUUGCUUAGCCGCCCACAGCGAUAGCCACAUACACAACCAUGCUUCCUGAUGAUCCCGAGCCCGCGCCACAAAUCAAGGAGCGCCGCAGCCGAAGAAGCCACAAGAACUCCAAGGACGGCUGCCCCAACUGCCGCGCCAACAGAGUCAAGUGUAGCGAGGACCUUCCCAGCUGUUUGCAGUGCACAAAGAAGAACUACCGCUGCGGGUACUUGGACUUCCCACCAAAGAAAUUGGAGCACAUCCGCCGCAAAAACGAAAUGCUCCGACCGCAGGUCUCCUUGAUUCCUGAGCCACCAGGGCCAACACCAGCAGUCUCUACUGCCGUAGUUCAGCACGAUCCAGUACCGUUCUAUGCAUCCUAUGGCGCGGUGACACACCAGCUGGUGGCCGCAACACAGACACAUGAACUUCUAGGGGCACCGCCACUUUACCCACAUGGGCAAGCCACGGGUCCGAAUGAGAGCCACGACGAGGUGUUUUUUCAGCCAUCAACUAGAGUUGUGGAUGGUCUGCCAUACAUACCCAUCAAGAUCCGCGAGGCUGCUCCACAUGUGCGUCGGGCGGCGUCCACGGUUCUGCCGAACGUCCGCUCCGUGUUGUACUCUAACGCAUUUCUCGAAAUAACCCACGACUUAGGGCCUCUCGAGGAGCACAUUCCCUCUGAACUCGAGUCUCAAGAAAAGGGCCUGCUUCUCGCUCUCGAUCAGUAUGAUACCCACCUUGCCGCGUCUUAUAAUGUCCCACUCACUCAAAGAGACAGUCAUCCCAACGGCAGAACCACGGCUUCUGUAUGGGAGGAAACAUUCAUCGACUCGCCGAACGACAAGCAUGAUGUGUCAAUGCAAGACACAAGCUGUCCAAAGGUGCCUACGACUGGAACAGCUUCGACAAAUGACAAAUUUCUACCCAAUUGCGAGUUCCAGCCCACAAAGUUCGAGAUUCUCCAAGUCCCGCAAGAGCUACAGACCAAUUUAUUUGAGCAAACAGUGAAAGAUCUUAAGCAGACCGGAGCGCACAUACGCCUCAAAUCCACCGUGAAGUCCAACUUUAUGCGCCCAGUAUACCAUGAACGUGAAUUUCGCACAUUGUGGUUGGAAGUCUUCUUGAGAGCCACUGUUUUUGAAUUCUUCUUCAUCUACUUCAUUGACAAGUCAAUCAAUAUUCUCAUGAGGGCCUCUGAAAAAAUAGUCGAUGGCGAUGUUGUCUUUUCGCCGCAGCUGGACUCCUCUAGAUCAUCUUCGGUUUCAGGACUGGGCGCCACGGAGGCAAAACUUCUGCAUUUCUUCUACAACAAGGAAGACCUCGACAUACUCACUGCCAAAUCAUACGUCACUUUUGGCCGAGUCAUUGCAGAGUUGAGGAAUUCCAUCAGUUUGUACAGCCCAGAGUUUCCAGCUCGUAUGUCUUUAUUUUCGGCGUGGGCGUGCUUCACGAAUCCUCAAUCAAAUUUGGACACGUUCAGUCUCAUGAUCAGGGGAACUUUGAUUCUUUUCAAGAACUCAUUGACUGAAUGCAUUUCACAGAAUCUUCCCAUCUUUUCUAUGCACAGGGAGUUUCUGUUGUGUGAAAACUUCUUGCGGCAAUCGCUCAAUCCAGAUUACAAUUUUAGUGUCGUACGCAAUUUGCAGAUCGACUUUCAAAAGUAUAAAUCGUACGUGGAUGAGCUUGUUAAUCUUCAUGAGAAAGGUACAGACCUCGAUCAAGGUCUAGUCAGUGUGAUUUACGACCCUAUUUUUCGUCACGAUUUUCACGAGUUGAACAAAAUUUUUGACAAGUUACUUAAGCAAUAUUUUCCUGAAAUUUCUGCUCAGAAUCUCUAUUACAAGGCUCAAAACAACUAUGAGAAAAAUGAUAACAUUCAUUUUGUUUCUCCGAGUCUUCUCUUUAAUAUGGCUUAUGAGUGGUUUUAUCUGUACCCAGACGAGAAAAUGUACAUGAGUUCAAAAACUAAUCCCUUGAAAAAGAUCAUGUACAUGUUUUAUCAUGCCCUUGCAAAAUGUCUCAACCACGUGAUAUCCCCUUUGAAAUCGGUUCUGCUUGCAGACUCUUGCAAUGUUACGUGUACCAAGGUAGGCACAGACUUGUCAAAACCCGAUCUCCUUGAUACCCAAAAUUAUUGUUCUUUGCUGCCAAUAUUAAGGAACUUGAUGCGCAUCAUUCGGUUCUUUGAAACUCGCCUGCAGCUUUUGGCAUACCAUAAUUACAAAACGUCUGUCAUUAAUGAUGAAUUCAUCAGAGAGGUACCUAGUGACCCUGACCAGUCGUGGGAAUAUAGCGAUGUCAUUGAAAUUUUGCCGGCAAAACUCAAAUUACGUGAGAAACAAAUCGAGAAUUUUUCCAAUACGAUUUUCGCUGCCCACCAUUAUCCGCUCUUUGACGAAUUGUAUUCUGAUCCUGUCAUUGCAGACAUGAUUCAUCUGGAAACAAAAAGACAGCAUUAUUCAAUGCAAAACGAGCCUUAUUCUUUCAACUAUUCUGUCGGCUUAGCGAAUCAUGAUUUCAACCCCGAUAAAAUAGUGGAUCUUUAUUGCUCUCAGAAAAAGGAUGAGUUGGAUCGCCUUCCGCCUAUUCCUCACGAACAAUUAAACAUAAGGCUAGACAACUUAUUGAGUAGUAGAGACGCAAUCUCCAACAGCUCAAAGAAUCAGUCUGAAUCUGCUAAAGAAAUUCAAAGGCAGAAAUUUGCAGAUUGCACCAAACGCAAAACAUAUCAAUGA